AUGACUGCCUCGGAGAUUGAUAACGAUGAAGACCAUUCACAUAAACAGAAUGGUGGACCAGUUGAACAUCAAGCGCCGGACAGCAAAGCAGGGGAACCUCACGACAAAAACGGUGAAGUAAAACCAGAGCGCAAGACGGGAUCGUGUAAAUGGUUCAAUGUUCUCAAAGGUUUCGGUUUCAUCGUUUUGGACGACACCAAAGAAGACGUAUUUGUACAUCAAUCGGAGUUGAAGAUGGAAGGCUUCAGAAGUCUGGAAGAGGGAGAACGUGUUGGGUUUUACGUGCGAACGCGAAAUAGCGGUCAACGUGCGGGAGCGCUCGAGGCGUGGGAGGUCGGACCGGAAGAUGAAAGCAAGACGCUGAUUGGAAGCAGUAUUCGUCCGCUUGGUGCUAAAAAAGACCGUCUUAUAAGAUGCUAUAAGUGCGGGCGGUUUGGAAACCAUAUGGCUCAGCGAUGUAGGAAGGUGGAUGCUGAUGAAAAGGUGUGCUAUGGUUGUGGAGCAACAGAUCAUCUAUUCACAGCUUGCCCAAAAGUGACUCAUCGAGCAAAACCAGGUGUGUUUCUUGUAUUCUGGUCGAUGAAAAGCGUGGCGAAGUUCUCAGCGUUUUUUUCACUGUCUGUAUUAUCGCGGGAAAAUGUGAAUGGAAAUGUCAUGUAUAUACAUUUAAGAACUUGA